UUCUUCUACUCCUAAAAUUCUAUCUGCUUAUUUCUCGCACCGACGAUUUCUUUAUUUCCCUGUCCUCCUCCUUCUCUACCCCAAAUAUCAGGGAAAAUUCUGAACCCGGUUUUUAUUACAUUAUAAUGCCAAGAAGAUGAGAUAGAAAACCGGUUUCUUAGAGAUUAGUGGUAUUUAUUCUGGUAAUAAGCGGUUUUUCGUUUUCGAUAAUAGGAAGGAAGGAAUCAGGGGAAGCGGUUUGUUUUGUUUCGAAGUUGCAGAGAUGUAUCGUACGCGUGUAGAUUUAUAGGGAAGUGAGCUCCAUUGUUUAUUAGCAAAGCCGUUGAAAGAUAAAGAAUUAUUAUUAUAAAAGAGAAAAGAGGAAGAGAAAGUGGUUUAGUUUUUUUUUUCUUUCUGAAAGAAAGAAUGAAACUGAGAAAACCGGUUUUGUUCUUGUUGUUUCUCACCGUUCUUGCUCCAAUCGUUCUUUAUACUGAUAAACUUGUUUCAUCUUCUAAGAAUGAUUUUGCUGAAGAAGUUUCCUCUCUGAGUUUUGGAGUUGAGAGCAGGCAAUUAAAUCUACUUCCAGAGGAAAUACCAAAGACAUUGAGAGAACCGAUUGGAAUCAUUUCUUCUGAGAAUUCAGUUUUGAAUGUCCCAGAGUCUAUUGAUGAAUUGCCAUCAGUGAAGUCAACAGAACAUAAAACCAGAGCAUUAUCUGCUACAGAAGAUGACGAUAAGGAAAAUCCAAUCAAGCUUGUCACUGGAGGGUUUAUUGCAGAGAAUGAGAGCGAUGAUGCUGGUGACGCACAGAAUUCUAAAUUUGUGGAUGAAAAUGAUAAGCAGGUUGCAAAAGAGAACAAGGGUGCCCAAGCAUAUCAGCAACCUGGAAAGACUACUACAAAAUCUGAUUCAGGAGAUCACGUCACUAACAAGGUUGAAAGGCCGAGAGUUCAAACAGUCUUGUCAGAUACUCGAGUUCGGCAUCUUAGAGAUCAGCUUAUUAGGGCAAGGGUCUACCUUGGACUUGGAGCGACUCGCAAUAACCCCCAUUAUAUCAAAGAACUGCGGGUGCGGAUGAAGGAAGUUCAGAGAGCACUUGGGGAUGCAUCUAAAGAUUCUGACCUACCAAGGAACGCAAAUGACAAACUCAAGGCAAUGGAGCAAGUUUUGGCCAGGGGUAAGCAAAUUCAAGAUGAUUGUGCUGCGGUGAUAAAGAAGCUUCGUGCUAUCCUUCAUUCGACAGAAGAACAACUCAGAGUGCACAAGAAGCAGACAAUGUUCUUGACUCAACUCGCAGCGAAAACUCUUCCUAAAGGUCUUCAUUGCCUUCCGUUGCGUCUUUCAACAGAGUACUAUUCAUUGAAUUCUGACCAGCAGCAGUUUCCCAAUCAAGAAAAACUUGAGGAUCCAAGUCUGUUCCACUAUGCAUUGUUCUCAGACAACAUAUUGGCUGCAGCAGUGGUUGUGAAUUCAACUGUUUCUCAUGCUAAGGAUCCAGCAAAACAUGUAUUUCACAUUGUCACAGAUAGGCUUAAUUAUGCUGCAAUGAGAAUGUGGUUUCUUGCUAAUCUACCAAGCCAAGCUACCAUCCAGGUUCAGAACAUUGAAGAAUUUACAUGGCUGAACGCGAGUUAUAGUCCAGUUCUGAAGCAGCUUGGUUCUCCUUCCAUGAUAGAUUAUUACUUCAAGGCUGAUCGCGCAAAAUCUGAUUCGAACUUGAAAUUUCGGAACCCCAAGUACCUUUCCAUUUUAAAUCAUCUUCGUUUUUAUCUGCCAGAAAUUUUUCCCAAGCUCAACAAAGUGCUGUUUGUAGAUGAUGAUAUUGUAGUACAGAAGGAUCUCAGUGGCCUUUGGUCAAUAGAUUUGAAAGGAAAUGUAAACGGUGCAGUUGAAACAUGUGGUGAAAGCUUCCACCGGUUUGAUCGUUAUCUCAACUUUUCCAAUCCUCUUAUUUCGAGAAACUUCGAUCCUCAUGCUUGUGGAUGGGCUUAUGGAAUGAAUAUCUUUGAUUUGGACGAGUGGAAGAAGCAGAAUAGAACAGAGGUUUACCAUUCAUGGCAAAGGCUGAAUCAUGACAGACAGCUAUGGAAGUUGGGGACGCUACCUCCAGGUCUGAUAACAUUCUGGAAAAGCACAUUCCCCCUGCAUCGGUCGUGGCAUGUGUUAGGACUUGGAUACAACCCAAGUGUUGGCCAGAAGGAAAUCGAUAGAGCAGCCGUCAUCCACUACAAUGGAAACAUGAAACCUUGGCUUGAGAUUGGCAUGCCCAAGUACAGGAACUACUGGGCUAGAUUCAUCAAUUAUGAACAAGCUUUCUUGCGUGACUGCAACAUUAAUCCAUAAAAGGGUUUGUUACCUCAUGUUCAACCUUAGAUAUAUUUAUAUAUUUAUCCCAGCGUCAAUUCUGUAGCAUAUAAUUUUUGCCAGGUCAUGAUACAAACUUGCUUUCCUAGGUUCUUCUGAAUCGUGAAAGCUUUUGUUAAUGUGAUUCUUUCUUUUCCUACGAGUGUAGUUAUAGUAGCAUUAGCAGUAGCCUGAAGAAAGCCCUCAUUCAUAGGAAUCUUUGUUCUCUCUUAAUCUUCUGUCUCAGCGUCCUUCUGCAGCAUUGCAGAUAAAAGUUGUAAAUGUUUUCAGAGACUUCAUAAUAUAAUAUCAUGUAGUAGUCAUAUUAGUUGGUUCCA